AUGACGUCAUCUCCGCAAUUUUUGUUGAUACCAGAUCAGUCUCUUGUGAUUGGUCCAUCGGAUCCUAUAGUGGUGACAUGGGGUGAUGACAUCACUUUACCGUGUCACCUGGACCCGGCCGUGGAUGCUGUUGCCAUGACAGUGGAGUGGUCCAGAUCGGACCUGAACCCCAGGUAUGUCCACGUGAGACACGAGGGGGAGGAACUCGUGUCCAUCCAGCAUCCGUCUUACAAAGGACGAACUUCAGUGUCCAUCGACAAACUGAAGCUAGGAGACGUUUCACUGAAUCUCUCUCAGGUGAAACUCUCCGAUAACGGAACUUACAGAUGCUUUUUUCUGGAAACCAAAAGAGAAUCCAGGGUGGAUCUUCUCGUUGGCGCCGGGUCCUCGCCUCGCGUCACGUUAGCCGCGGCCGACAGAGUCACAGGAGCCGUGGUUCUACUGUGUGAGUCUGACGGCUGGUUUCCAGAGCCGCAGAUGUUGUGGCUGGACGCUGAGGGAAGUCUCAUCUCUGCUGGAGCCACUCAGAGCCUCAGACGUCCUGACGGCGCCUACAGGGUCAGCAGCAGAGUCACUGUGGAGAAGAGGAGGAGCAACAACUUCACCUGCAGAGUCCAAGAGCUGAGAAUCAACCAGACCAGAGAGACGACCAUACAUGUUCCAGACGAAUUCUUCGGUUCCUUCUCUUCUCGUUGUUCUUAUGGUUCCUGGGUUCUGCAAAGACGGACCGUGGAGAUGAACCAGGAGAAGAUCAAGAGGUUCUAA